UUUGGUGGGUGUGGCUUGAAGCAAUGAGGACGUAAUUAAAGGGGAGUGGCCAUGAUGACAGCGUUCUAAAACAACAACUCAACCUCUCCCCGUUUGUCAUCUGGACGUUCAGUACAGCGCCAUUUCCAUUCAAUUGAACGCAGUCCUGUUGUUCACACGCGUAUCUGCUCUCUCUCGUUGGCUCGAAUGGUCCCACCUGAUCUAGCCUUCUCCCACCUGACAUAUUUGAAGACAUGUAAUUCCGUUGUUAGAGCGGUCACUCGACUAUCUUGACAAUAUAUUAAAACGUCUUUGAGCGAAUGUUUGCAUAAUAUUUUACGUAAAACAGCGAGCGUGGUUACGUCAGCGUCUGCGUGUUUGUUGUAAAGCAUGAGGCGCAUGCUCGGUUGCAAUACGUUGAAGAAUAUAGGUAGUAUAUAAGUAGGUAAAUACUUUUAAUCCCCAGGUUUCUUUGAUAGCUUGCUGUCGAGCCUUAUUUUAUCAGUCACUUUGCACGAAACCUACCAGUGAUUCUACAGACAUGGAUCUCAGUGACAUGCGAAAAAAAUACAAAGGAGACGAAGAGUGCUUUGAAGAGAAUCAUCUUGUUUCUCUGGACCCCAUCAAGCAGUUUGGAGAUUGGUUUGAUCAAGCCACAAAGUGUCCUGAAAUCGGAGAGCCCAAUGCAAUGUGCAUCGCCACAUCCACCAGAGAUGGACGUCCAUCUGCUCGAAUGGUCUUGUUAAAAGGCUACAGUGAAGAAGGCUUCCGGUUCUUUACCAACUACGAGAGCCGGAAAGGUGGUGAGCUGGAGAGCAACCCUUAUGCAUGUCUGUGCUUUUACUGGGAGCCUAUCAACAGGCAGGUCCGUAUCGAGGGCAACGUGGAGAGAAUCCCCUACCAGAGCUCCUGUGACUACUUCCACUCCCGGCCCAAGAGUAGCCAGAUCGGGGCCGUUGUGAGCAGACAAAGCACUGCAGUCCCUGACAGAAAUUACCUGAGACAGAAAAAUGCAGAGCUGAAGGAAAAGUACAAGGACACAGAUGUCCCCAUGCCCGACUACUGGGGAGGCUAUAUCGUCAAGCCUUACUUGAUAGAGUUCUGGCAGGGUCAGACCAACAGGCUACAUGACCGCAUCGUCUUCACGAGGCUGAAAAAUGGAGAGAGUGUUCUAGAAGAGUAUGAACAUAAUGCUGAGGCGGGCUGGGUCUACCAGAGGCUAUCCCCAUGAGGUCGGUUACAUUAGGGGAAAUGGACUAAAGGCGAGGCUGGAGAUUGGGCCUAGAGUACAACUCACUCAUGAUGUAAUCAUCGUCAACCAAAUUACAUGAGUGAUGAACCAAAUGAUGUUGGAAUAACUACAUGCUAUAUAUGUGUGUCUUUAAAAAGGCAAAUUAUGGCUUGUUUUCUCCAAUUGUUCUUGUUUAAUAACAAAUCAAAGAGUGAUUUAUUUUUAUAUAUAUAUAUAUAUAUUCCCCUCUGGAUGGUUAGGAGGCCUGAUUGCCUGUUGUCUCCAGGACAACAAUGGGAAAUGAUCAACGUGAUGUGACUAUACGGUCUAGCAUGUAACCUGUGACGCAAGGUUUCACGAAUCUCAAUAUGCUGUAUGGCAUACUUUACAUUCCUUGAUGCUUGAUGUGCAAAGUCUGUCUUGUAGAGUAGUCAAUGUUAGAUAAUUAUUGACAGUUAACCGGUUAUCAAAUGAAAAUGCAUUUCCUCGACCUCCACAACCCCCGGAAACUCUGUACUUAUAAAAAGCGCAAUCUCCAGUAGUGUCUAUCUGUUAUUUAACAUUUGUACCGGAGUUCCACUGUAUUGGAUGUCAUGUUCUGUCUAACAGCUAAUAUGUCUUCUGAAGGCCCAAAUCCACAGCAGUUUCUCUGUCAUGUAAUACAGAUGGCUUAUUAGGCUGUAGUCUCCGUGUUGAAUUUGUUAUGGAUUGAUUGUCAUGUCUGUGGCUCAAACUGCCUUUUUAAUAUAGGUAAAUUAAGAUUAGAAGAGUUGGCGCGAGUUCAAUUGUGCCAAGGUAAGUCAGUGUAUAAAGUCAGUCAUGUCUGAGAAUGAGCUUGGUUGUUCUCUUGAUUUUCUUGGUGUGUGAAGACCUCUGCAUUCGCAACAGUUGAAAUGGCACAUGCGAAUUGUGAUCGACUGAAUAAAUGUGAAAAUGUUUUAAUCUG